AGAAAGUGCUGUGUUCCUUUUGCAAAUGCAGGACGUAUUUUAGGGAAAGUGCUUGGAAACUGUUGAGAUCGAGCUCUAUUGAGACAACCCAGCAGUGUCGCUACUGGACUUUCCUCAUAUUUACGGUCUGGUAGACCACUCAGAGCAGGAUGGGUGACAGACGAGAAAGACGUGACAGAGAUGAAGGCAGCGAUCAGAUUCGAAAGCUUUUCAUUGGAGGUCUGACGUUGGAUACAGAUGAAGAGCUUCUCAAGACAACGUUCCAGGACUUCGGAACAUUGGAAGAUUACGUGGUCAUUAGAGACGAUGGAAAACGUUCCAGAGGAUUUGGCUUUGUGAAGUUUGAGGAUGAAGGUGCUGCCGACGAAGCAAUCAAAAGCAAUCCCUUCACUAUUGAUGGAAGAGAGAUCAUCGCCAAGCGUUCAUUUGGAAAGAACUCUAUGAACAACGAUUCCAACGUAGCUGCUCGUAACAAGAAGAUUUUUGUCGGUGGUCUGAGCCAAAGUGUCACAACUGAGGAUCUGAAUGACCAUUUCAGCCGAUUUGGAGAAAUCGAGGAAGCUGUCGUAAUGAUGGACAAGGCCGCUGGUAGGAGUCGCGGAUUUGGUUUCGUCACGUUCAAGGAAUACGACCAUGCCGACAAAGCAGUAAUCGCUCCGCAUAGCUUUGAUGGAAGAGAUGUGGAUGUGAAGAAAGCUGAGACAAGAGAAUCCAUGGCGCAAAGAGAAGGCCGUGGCAUGAGAGGGUACCGUUCUGAGCGAAGUGCACCACCCAGUGGACGUGAAAGCUAUGGACGUUCAGGUGGUUAUGACAGAGAUGGUGGUUACGAGCAUGGACGCAGCGGCGGUGGUGGUGGUAGAUACGGCGGCGGCGGCGGAGGCUAUGGUGGUGGUUACGGAGGUGGUGGAUAUAGUGGCGGCGGCGGAAGCUAUGGAAGUUAUGGAGGUGGUGGUGGCUAUCGUGGUGGCGGUGGCGGCGGCUAUGGAGACAGUGGCGGUUAUGGUGAUGGUGGUGAUGGCUACGGAGGUGGCUAUGGCGGUGGCUACGGAGGUGGUGGCUCUGGAGGAUACGGUGGUGGUGGUGGUGGAUAUAGCGGCGGUGGUGGUUACGGUGGCGGUAGCUCUGGUGGUGGUGGUUACGGUGGCGGUAACUCUGGUGGUGGUGGAUACGGUGGCGGCGGAUACGGUGGUGGUCGAUCAGGAUACAGCGGUGGUGGCGGCGGCGGUGGUGGAUAUGCCGGUGGCGGUAGCAGAUACCGGCCAUACUGAGCAGAUUAUGCAGAUGUUAGAUCCUGUAGACAGCAGCUUUAUUCGCGCAGGCACGGGUGUAGCGUAGCUUGUGUUAUUUGAGAGAGGGACAGAGAGAGAAAGGGAGACGUUAUGGAGGAGGUCAGGAGAGGACAGGCAGGCAGGGAGCUGGAGAGGAGUGGGUAUGCUCAAUAGCUUUCUCAGGCAAUCAGAAGAGGAGUUUCAAGAAAAGUCAGUGAGUAGGUGAGUCCUGUGAGUGUUGCUAUUUUUCCAGUAUUCCUUGUAGUCUGUAGUCCGGAGCUGUAGAUCAGUCUUCAGUAAGUGUGUGUCGCUCAUUUGUCUUUCCUCCGGCCCAUGUCAGUCUACAUUAUGAUUUGUCUGUUGUUUUCGCUUCUGCUAUUCGUACUCCCUUGCUAUUCUCAGUGCCGUUUUGUCUUCUAUCUUGAACCAUUUCAUUGCUAUCAUUUGCUGUUGUUUGCGUUGCGCUGUAGUAAGUCAUUUGCUAUCCACCCCAUUAUUCUGCAACUUGCUGGUUUUUCUUCGCUUGUCCGUACAAAGUUUGUCCUCUUUGUGUGUGCAGAGAAUGUACUUGAUAUAGUUUGGGAUUUCCCCCAUCUCUGCACCCAUUGGUUUGAAUGUGAUUGUGGAGUACUCUUGAUUCUGAGUUUUUGGUCAGCUCCA